AUGAACGGCUCUCUACUUUCUAAGACGUUGGAUAUUAAACUCAAGCGAGGGCCGGCAGGUCUAGGCUUCAACAUCGUGGGCGGCGUGGAUCAGCAUUACAUCGACAAUGACUGCGGCAUCUAUGUGUCCAAAAUCAAGGAGGAUGGCGCAGCGGCGCUGGACGGGAGGCUUGAGGAGGGUGACAGGAUUUUGGCGAUCAAUGGCAUCAAGCUUGAGGAUCAGACACACAAAGCUGCAGUUGAUUUGUUCCGGACAGCAGGGGAGGAUGUGGAGCUACGUGUUCUGAAAAAGUCUUCCCAUCAUACGAACGGACCAUUUGAGCCCCAAGAUGAGCAUGUACCUCCAGCGCCUUAUCUGGGAAUAUUCGCCGCGCUAUCUGGAGCCGCCGCUGUCAUCCUGGCAUUUGUUUACAUCCGGCAUAUCAGAAGACCAUUUUAA